CGCUUUCCAAGUUCUGUCGAUCUGUCUCCACGAUUCACGCCUUGACCCCUCAUUCAUCAUUUCCCCCUCUUCUCAAAAAGCAAUUCUCUCAAUCGUUGGAGAUAUCAAACGAAAGAGAGAAGAAUGAGUUUUCAAGAUUUAGAAGCUGGGAAAGGAAGAUCGAGGAAGAUCAAUGGUGGUGGUGGUGGUGGUCGCCAAGAUUCGACGCAGGCCGUCGCUUCCGGUAUCUUCCAGAUCAAUACCGGAGUCUCCACGUUUCAGCGGCUCGUUAACACGCUCGGUACUCCCAAAGACACGCCCGAGCUCCGUGAGAAGCUGCACAAGACAAGGUUGCAUAUAGGGCAGCUUGUGAAGGAUACAUCUGCUAAGCUUAAAGAAGCUAGUGAAACUGAUCAUCGAAGCGGUGUCAAUCCAAGUAAGAAGAUUGCAGAUGCUAAGCUUGCAAAGGACUUUCAAGCUGUGUUGAAAGAGUUUCAGAAAGCUCAGCAGACUGCUGCUGAAAGAGAAACCGCUUAUGCUCCUCUCGUCCCUCCUUCUGAUCAUCCCUCUAGCUAUACAGCGAGUGAAGCUGAUAAGAUCCCAGAACAGCGGGCACAAGUUAUGGAGUCAAAAAGGCAGGAACUUGUAUUGUUAGACAACGAGAUUGCGUUCAACGAAGCUGUGAUCGAAGAAAGAGAGCAAGGAAUACAAGAGAUCCAUACUCAAAUUGGCGAGGUUAACGAAAUAUUCAAAGAUCUUGCGGUUCUAGUUAACGACCAAGGAGUCAUGAUAGAUGAUAUUGGUACUCACAUUGACAACUCUCGAGCUGCAACUGCCCAAGGAAAAUCUCAGCUAGCUCAAGCCUCCAAAACACAAAGAUCAAACUCAUCUCUGACAUGCUUGCUCUUGGUGAUAUUUGGCAUUGUACUUCUGAUCGUGAUCAUCGUACUCGCAGCUUGAUUUUGGAAAGCAAGAACAAGAAUUUAAAUGUGUUGAAGCAUCAACGAGUGGCACUACUUAGUAUAUAAGGUAACUUACAGACAAAAACUUAGAGAGUUGGGUUUUGUAUUGGUUUGGUUUGAGGGUCCUCCAUUGGAGCGUGUGUGUGUUUAUUUGUUUUGGUGUGCAAACAAUUUGUUGGACAUGAGUGGAAAGUCUGUUUCCUGUGCGUCUCAAGAAAAUGGUUUUGUUGUUGUGCAAACUAUUUGAUGGAGAUGAGUGGAAAGUCUGUUUCUUAA